AUGCCCGGAGUCCCGACUAGUCGAGGCUGCGAGGCCUGUCGUAAGCAGAAGAAACGAUGCGACCAGGAACAACCUGCCUGCGGUCGGUGCCUCCGUCUGGGGAUCCCCUGCGUCGGCGGUGGCGCUCGACGAUUCAAGUUCACGGAGAAUCGCACGCCAGACGAUGUGUCAGGGAUCUGGGUCGCACAGGCUGCGCCGCCGCCACGUGAUGCGCCGCCGCAGCGCGCCAUCGUGAGACGCGCGGCUACGGCCAUCCAUGGCGCACCCGCGCGGGCCCUGUGCAGCGAGACAGUCAGGCUGCGCGCCUCGCUGAUCUCCAUGCUCGAGGUCAAAGAUGCCCGGUAUAACCUGGGCUACUAUGGCCCGUUCUUUGCGCUCCUGCCCUGUCGCCUGGGGGUUCAUCCGGCGCUGGAUGCGGCCGUCGCGGCGGUGACACAUUCGGCGCCGUGUUUGUUCAAGCAGGAGAGCUCGUCGCUGGCGCUGGAGAAGUACGGACGGGCGCUGUACAUGCUCCGUCUGUCGCUGCACGAUGGCGCGGUGGAUCUAGCGAUCGAGACGCUGUGCACGAUCUAUCUGUUGUGGAUUUCCGAGGUCGGUUGGGACCCAUCUACAUACUUCGACUGGAUCACCGGCAACUCUGAAGGUCAUCUCAUGCACACGCACGUUAUUGCCUUACUUCUUAAAAGCGUCGCCCGUCGAACCGACAUCGACACCUUCCAAACCCACCUGCUCCGCACGCUCUGCAUGGCCGUGCUCGUCCACAGCGUCUUCGACCCCCGCGUCCACCUGGACACUCUCGUGAUCAACCGCUUCCUCGUCCACGGUCCCCGAUUCCCACCCUCCAACCAACUCGCCUCGCCCUUCGACACGCUCACGGUACCCAACUUCGCCCGCAUCCCGCGCCUCAUCCACCACCCGGAAGACCACCUCACUCAACUCACCUCCCUCUACGCCCAAAUGCAGUCCGACUUCCCCAAACUCCGCGCCAUCGCCGUCUCGCCGACCCUGCAAGCAAGUCCGACCGCAUCCUUGGAAACGAUCCGCUCGCAGAUUAACUACCAGACGGCGUACGGACUGUUUCUCUCUGUUGCGACGAUGCUGAAUCGCUUGUGCUUCGUAGCGGAUUCGUCAAGAAGACAUCUCCAGGGUGAGUUGGAUGUGUUGUGUGAUGAGAUCGUUGCCCUAGGGAGACGGGGACUGGUGCUUAGACCGCUCGGGUCGCAUUAUAUGCCGAUGUCGUUGAGCGCGGCGUGGGCGGCUGUUGGAUUUGAGGAGGAGGGAAAUGAGAAGGAGGUAGAGGGGAGGAAGAAGGAGAUUGAGGCGUUGGCGAGAGAGUAUUGUUCGUCGGACGGGUUGAUGCAGGCGUGGCGGGCCAGGGGGAUGCAGACGAGAUGGCAGUUUGAGAGGUUUCGGAGGAAGAUGGACGGGGGACAUGAGGUUGUUUUGGUGUCGAGGGGGGGUAGGGGGUUGGUUGCUGUUGAUUAG